AACCAAUGAUUGGAUAGUGAGAGCUUUAAUAAUAAUUUAUCGGGAUUUGCAUAUGGAUGAAACCUAUGAAUGCCUAAAUCUAUUCACCUAUGAAUGAAAUCUUUGUGAAAGUUGUGAAACAACUUGUUGAUUAUGCCUUCUCCAAAGAUCACCCAUUCACUUUGUUUUAUACUUUUUGUGAUUAGUGCAAGUCUCUGCUUUGAGCUAUUGGGGAUUAACACUGGACAAAAGGGAUCACUUCAAUGGGAUAUCAAUCUCAAACGUGUAGAGAAAUGUAAAAACCCAGGAACACAGCAAAUCGUCACAGACUUGCGUUUGAAGAGAAUUUCAAGGACACGAAUUGACUUGGAGGGCAACAUCACGUUCAAAAUUGAUUAUGGGGAUAACAUUAAGAUUGUGGUAGAUCUGAGUACUUGGGGAAAUGGGGGUUGGAAGAAUAAUGCCUACAGAUUUACCAUAAAAAGAGCUUGCAAUGAGUUUUCAGUAUUUGAAGCUCUCCUCAGAGAAAUACGAAGAAGAACUGGAAUGAAUUCGUGUCCAAUACGAAAGGGAAGAUAUGAGCUGAAAAGUCUCGAUACUAGGAUUCUCAACAAUCUCUCCAUCCCAUUCUACACCAUACCCACUCUAUGGAAGCUGACUUUCUCCCAUUAUUUGACGGCUGAGAACAAACUACUCGAUUGUAAAAUGUUCAUCGCAGAAAGCAAAGUGAAGCAAUUGAAUGAACAUCAUGCUGACGAUGAAUGAUAAUAAUAUGAUGAAUCAAGACAACAAGUCUCACCUCUUAGUCACCACAGGGAUUUUCAA